AAAUCAAAUCUUGUUCUAUGUUCAGUUCACGUUUGACAAUUGCGGAGUGCGCGCGUCCCGUCAAUUCGUCUCUGAGGAUAACUAAAAUCAUCAUGCCAGAAGUACACCCCGCGUUCGCCAACUCUGGCAAGAAAGCCGGAAUCGAAGUCUGGAGAAUUGAAGAUUUUGAACCAAUCCCUGUUCCAAAGUCGCAUCAUGGCAACUUCUAUUCUGGAGACUCUUACAUCGUUCUCAGCACAACAGGCGAGGAAGACCGUUUGGCCUGGGACAUCCACUUCUGGUUGGGCAGCAAGACUUCCCAGGAUGAAGCUGGCUCAGCAGCCGUCCUGACUGUGAACAUGGAUGAUGAACAGUUCCAUGGAGCCGCCAUCCAGCACAGAGAGGUCCAGGGUUACGAAUCUAAGCAGUUCCUGGAUUACUUCCCACCUGCGAUCAGGUACCUGGACGGAGGCCAUGCUUCUGGCUUCAACCACGUCACAAUCAACGAGGGAGCUGAACAAAGAUUGUUCCAGAUCAAGGGCAAACGAAAUGUUCGAGUUAAACAGGUGGAUGUCAAGUUCGAGUCACUAAACAAAGGCGAUUGUUUCGUCCUGGAUGUGAACCAUGAAAUAUAUCUGUAUGUUGGAGAAAACGCCAAGAGCGUUGAGAGACUGAAGGCUAUUACUGUAGCCAACCAGAUCAGGGACCAAGAUCACAAUGGAAGGGCUAGCAUUGAAAUUAUUGAUGCGGAUUCCAAAGAGGGUGAUUACGAGAAGUUCUUCGAGGCUCUGGGCUCUGGAGACAAGGACUCCGUAGCUGAGGCCGAUGAAGGCGGCGACGAUGAGCAGGAGUUUGAACGCGGUGCCGAUGUUGAGGUGACCCUGAGCGAGAUCUCAGACAGCUCUGGUACCAUCAGGACCACCAAGCUAUCUCCUCCAUUCACACAGGAUCUCCUGAACACGAAGGAAUGCUACAUUCUGGACACGGGAAGCCACAGCGGUAUCUACGUAUGGGUUGGACGCCAAUCAAAUGAAAAGGAAAAGUCCGAGGCUAUGAAGAAGGCUGAAGAAUACCUUAAGAUACACGAUUAUCCAUUCUGGGUACACGUAACCAGGGUUCCUGAAGGCGUGGAGCCAACUGCUUUCAAACAGAACUUCCAAGAUUGGAAUUAACUUUAUACACAAAAACUCCACUCAAUAUUGUGAAAACAAUAGUUCAAUAGAAAUCUUUGAUUUACUAAGACAUACCUAACAUAACAUUACAUCACGUCUUCCAUCCCCGAAGGGGUAGGCAGAGGUGCAUAUUACGGCACAUAAUACCAGUGAACAAUGUAACGAGGUUUAGUAAGAUAUUGAUUUAUAUUAUUAGACCACUAUUAGUAAGAGCUGCCUCGUUGGCCGAGUGGUCGCAAGUGCAAUGGGGCAAGG